CCAGCUCAGCUGAAAUCUUUGAAUACAAAUUUCAACAAAAAAGUUGCUUAUAACUUAUAAGUUAUAUCUUUGCAGAUCCUCAGUGCAAAAUAGUGGGAAAUAUCCGUCUUUCAGAGCUACCCAAAGCCUGCAAAUGUGAUUUUUGGUGGUUUUUAUUGAGUGGAUCGCUUAAAGAUUGAAGCUUUUUGGUGUUUUGGAGGUGGGAAAUUGGGGAAAUGCAAGACCCAUCGAUAUAUACGCAGAUCAAGCCGCAGUUCCCGGAGCAAGAGCACCUGAAAUGUCCCCGGUGUGACUCCAUGAACACCAAAUUCUGUUACUACAACAACUACAACCUCUCGCAGCCGCGCCACUUCUGCAAGAACUGCCGCCGUUACUGGACCAAAGGCGGCGCUCUCCGGAAUAUUCCCGUCGGCGGCGGCUCCCGGAAAAACGCCAAGCGCUCCUCGCCGUCGUCGGCGUCUUCUUCUAAGCGUUCGGCGCCGGAGUCUUCGCCUACGCCGCCGCAGGCGGCGGCUCCACCUAUUCCGCCGCCGCAGAAGACGGAGGCGUACGGGAUGGGCGACCUGCCGCCGUUCAAUGUGAAUGCUAGCUUCACGUCGCUAUUGACGGCGACGAGCGGAGGGCAAUUUGGUAAUUUCCUUGACGGGUCGGAUUUGCAGCUGGGCGAGUUCCCCGGGAACCCGACCCAGAACCCUGCACCCGGGGCGGGUGCGGCCCGGAUGGGAAUGGGUUUUCAGAAUACGGAGGGAUUCUUGGGCGGUGGUCAAUCGGACGGUGGAGAUUCGCCCAACUGUUGGACCGGAGCUAACAAUGACUGGCCUGAUCUUGCCAUGUACACACCGGAUUCCAACUUCCAGUAAUUAAUUUCAGACAGACAGAGAGAUUUAUACUUUUAAGUAAAAAUUAUUAAGUAUUGAAAGAGAGAUUUAUUUGCUAAUUUUGUGGGAUUUAUUUAUUUUAAUCACUUUGUAAGGAUUUGGUGUGCAUGAGUAGAGUUUACAUACAACAUUGUGUGUGAUUUAGGGGCUUGUAUGUAUUUGAUGCUGAAAAAAAGAAUGAUAUGCCAUGAUAUCUAUUACCCUUGUA